GUGUGCCAUUGGCGCCCAGCAGCCGAGAGAAAGUUUUUAGGCUUUUAGCCUAAGCAACUGACAAAUGAUACUAACUUUUGAAACAGGCAAGAUGGAGAGGAGCUAGUUCGGAGAGAAAUAAUGAGUUUUGGGACAUGUUGAUUUUGAAGCCUGUUAGACAUGAAGUGAAGCUUCAAGUUGGCAUGUGAGUGUCUGAGUCUGCUGCUCAGUGAAGAGGAUGGGAUUGGAGUACGUAGAGAUUCAGUUUGGCUGGGAUCCCUAAGACCUCACAGCACUGCAACCUCCAUGUCUCCCUGCAGGAUACUGGCUGUCACGCUGAAAUGAACCCCCAGCACUACUCCGUCUACCAUGGCCACUCUUAACUCAGCCUGCACCACUGGCACCAUCCCUUCCCCUGGGCACAAUGCCCCUUCCCCGCCUCCGGACAGCUCCUCCUCCAGCACCUCUGAUAUUGUCACCAAAGAGCCCCCUAUUGCCCCCUCCACCUCUGAGACCAUGAGGCCCUCAGAGCCUCUGGAAUCCAGCUGUGGCCUCAUUCCACCAAAGGAGAUUGGGGAGCCCCAAGAAGAACCUAGUUGUGGUCAUUUCCCGCCAAAGGACCUGGGGAUAGAGAAGGACAAGGAGGAGGAGGAAGGGCUCCCUCCCAUGGACCUAAACAACCACUUAUUCUUUACAGCUGGCGGUGUGGCCUAUCUAGUGGCCAAGCUGUCCCUGCCAGGCAGCAGUGAACUCCUGUUACCAAAGGGCUUCCCCUGGAAUGAGGCGAGCAUCAAAGAGCCCAACCUGCCCCUCCUUGCCCGCUCAUCCCCCUCACACCUCACUGCCCUUCAUAUCCAACAUGGCUUUGACCCAAUCCAAGGCUUUAGCUCUUCUGACCAAAUUCUGUCCCAUGAUACCUCAGUGCCAUCUCCGGCUGCCUGUGAGGGAAGGGAAGGAGCCUUCUGGAGCUACCAGCUGGCUCCAAACCCACCCGGAGAUCCCAAAGAUGGCCCCCUGGGGAGCAGAGGGGAAGACCACAGAGCACUCUUCUGGCUCUGCCUUCUGUGCCGCCUGGGUUUCAGCAGGCCCCAGGCCUUUAUGGGCCACACACAGUCUCACGGGGUGAAGUUAACCCCUGCCCAAUACCAGGACCUGCCAGGCAACCCAGCUGUACUCCAGGAGGGAGACGAGGACUGUGUGGCCCUCAUAAGCUUUCUGGAACCAAAACCCCUUACUCUCCCCGCUCUUAAAAUACCCCUUGAUAACAGCAGCACAGUGAGCAUGGAGGCAAAUGUACCCGAGACUGAGGACAGCUCCCCUGAGGCAGAAGUCCAGGCCCUUGUCCUCCCCACUGAAGAAGUCAUGGCCCUCAGCCCACAUUCCCCACCCACAACCCCAGCCACCUGGGACCCUAGCCCAACCCAAGCCAAAGAAUCGCCCAUAGCAGCAGGCGAGGCAGGGCCAGAUUGGUUCUCUGAGGGGCAAGAAGAGGAUGGAGGGCUCUGCCCCCCACUCAACCAAAGCUCACCCACCUCCAAGGAGGGGGGCACUCUCCCUGCUCCAGUGGGCUCCCUUGAAGACCCCAAUGACCCACCCCAGCCCUACCGUCUGGCGGAUGACUACACCCCAGCCCCUGCAGCCUUCCAGGGCCUCAGCUUAUCCAGCCACAUGUCCUUGCUACACUCACGCAAUUCCUGUAAGACACUCAAGUGUCCCAAGUGCAACUGGCAUUACAAGUACCAGCAGACCCUGGAUGUGCACAUGCGGGAAAAGCACCCUGAGAGCAAUAGUCACUGCAGCUACUGUAGUGCUGGGGGAGCCCACCCCCGCCUCGCUCGCGGAGAGAGCUACAACUGUGGCUAUAAGCCCUACCGUUGUGAUGUCUGCAACUAUUCCACCACCACCAAAGGCAACCUCAGCAUCCACAUGCAGUCUGACAAACACCUGGCCAACCUGCAAGGCUUUCAGGCUGGGCCUGGAGGGCAGGGUAGUCCCCCAGAGGCAUCCCUCCCUCCCUCUACAGGGGACAAAGAACCCAAGACCAAAUCAUCCUGGCAGUGCAAGGUGUGUAGCUAUGAGACAAACAUCUCCCGCAACCUGCGCAUCCAUAUGACCUCUGAGAAGCACAUGCAAAAUGUCCUAAUGCUGCACCAGGGACUGCCGCUGGGUCUGCCACCUGGGCUGGUAGGGCCAGGACCUCCUCCCCCACCAGGGGCUACCCCUACCAACCCCCCUGAACUCUUUCAGUACUUUGGCCCCCAGGCCCUAGGGCAGCCUCAGACUCCUAUGCCCAGCCCUGGGCUGAGGACAGACAAGCCCCUGGAAGCCCAGCUGCUUCUCAAUGGUUUCCACCACCUUGGAGCACCUGCCCGCAAGUUCCCCACACCUGCCCCUGGCAGCCUCUCCCCUGAGACUCACCUGCCUCCAAGUCAGCUCCUGGGCUCAUCUGACGGCCAGACCACCUCACCACCCCCAGAUGACAACACAUCCCUGAAGGUGUUUCGCUGCCUAGUGUGCCAAGCCUUUAGCACAGACAGUCUGGAGCUGCUGCUCUACCACUGCAGUGUAGGCCGGAGCCUCCCAGAAGCCGAAUGGAAGGAGGUGGCCGGUGACACCCACCGCUGCAAGCUGUGCUGCUACGGCACCCAGCUCAAGGCAAAUUUCCAACUCCACCUCAAGACUGACAAACAUGCUCAGAAGUACCAGUUGGCAGCCCACCUGCGGGAGGGGGGUGGGGCCAUGGGCAUUCCCUCCCCACUGUCCCUGGGGGAUGGGGCCCCUUAUGGUUCUGUCUCCCCCCUGCACCUGCGCUGCAACAUCUGUGACUUUGAGUCCAACAGCAAGGAGAAGAUGCAGCUGCAUGCCCGGGGUUCAGCCCAUGAAGAAAACAGCCAGAUCUAUAAGUUUCUGCUGGAAAUGGAGGGAGCAGAGGCAGGAGCAGAGCUGGGGCUCUACCGCUGCCUGUUGUGUACCUGGGAGACACCGUCCCGCUUCGCUGUGCUGCAACACCUGCGUGCACCUGCCCACCGUGAUGCCCAAGCCCAGAGGCGUCUGCAGCUGCUACAGAAUGGUCCAACCACCGAGGAAGGACUCUUAGCGCUUCAGAGCAUUCUGAGCUUCAGCCAUGGGCAGCUCCGGACUCCUGGGAAGGCUCCUGUUAACCCCUUAGCUGAGACACCUACCCCUGAGAAAGAUGCCCAGAACAAGACAGAACAACUGGCUUCUGAAGAGGCAGAAAACAGGACUGACCCUUCCAGAGACAGUGCCAACCAGACCACGGUAUACUGCUGUCCAUACUGCAGCUUCCUGAGCCCAGAAUCUGACCAGGUGAAGACUCAUACACUCUCCCAGCAUGCUGUGCAGCCAAAAUACAGGUGCCCACUGUGCCAGGAGCAGCUGGUAGGCCGGCCUGCCCUGCACUUCCACCUCAGCCACCUUCACAACGUGGUGCCCGAGUGUGUUGAGAAGCUGCUGCUUGUGGCCACAACUGUAGAGAUGACCUUUAUGACCAAAGUGCUGCCUGAGCCCACACUAAGCCUUUUGGAGGAUGGCCCAGAACCCCCGACUCCUGGGCCAGAGCCUGCUCUCAGCAAAGACCAAGCAGCAGAAGGCCCUAACCUGACCUCAGAAGCCAGCCCAGAUCCUCUUUCUGAGCCUCUCCUGGUCCCAGUUGAGGCCCCAGACAAGCCCUCGGGAAGCCCUGAUCAACCAUCUUCUCCAGCCUUAUCUCCAGGCCCUCGGCCUGACACCCAAACUGAAGAAGUGGCUCCUCCAACCACUGUAGCUGGAGAAGAAGAGGGGACCAUGGGGGAGCCCCGCUCUGCAGAGCCAACCCCAGCUGACUCUCGCCACCCUCUGACCUAUCGGAAAACCACCAACUUUGCCCUGGACAAGUUUCUUGACCCUGCUAGGCCCUAUAAGUGCACUAUAUGUAAGGAGUCAUUCACCCAGAAGAAUAUCCUCUUAGUUCAUUAUAAUUCUGUCUCCCACCUUCAUAAGAUGAAGAAGGCUGCCAUUGAUCCCUCUGGCCCUGCCCGGGGAGAGGCUGGUGUCCCACCCACUGCCACUGCUGCCACAGACAAGCCCUUCAAAUGCACAGUCUGUCGAGUUUCCUACAACCAGAGCUCCACCUUAGAGAUUCACAUGCGGUCAGUUCUGCAUCAGACUCGCUCACGGGGGGCUAAGACCGAUGCCAAGGCUGAUGGCCCAGAGCGCAGCCAAGAAGAGCCCAAGGAAGGCGAGACUGAGGGGGAGGUGGGCACUGAGAAGAAGGUCCCCGAACCCAGUGGCUUCAUAUCUGGACUACCCUUCCUAUCCCCACCUCCACCUUCCUUGGACCUGCACCGAUUCCCAGCCCCCCUCUUUACCCCACCAGUCCUGCCCCCAUUCCCUCUGGUGCCCGAAUCACUGCUUAAGCUCCAGCAGCAGCAACUGCUCCUGCCCUUCUACCUACAUGACCUCAAGGUGGGGCCCAAGGUGGCACUGGCUGGGCCUGCACCCAUGCUGUCCCUGCCAACUGCCACACCGCCUCCCCUACCUCCAGCCCCCAAGACUGAGCUGGUUGGGCGAGAAUGGGAGCGGCCCCCCAUGGCCGAGGAGGGGAAUGAUGCAGGGCCCUCCUCACCACCCCACCCAUCACCAAACGAGGCCGCCCGCACAGCAGCUAAAGCUCUCCUAGAAAACUUUGGCUUUGAACUGGUGAUUCAGUACAAUGAAGGGAAACAAGCUGUACCCCCUCCUCCAACACCCCCUCCCCUAGAGGCCUUGGGGGGUGGGGACAAACUGUCCUGUGGGGCCUGUGGGAAACUCUUCUCCAAUAUGCUUAUCCUCAAGACACAUGAGGAGCAUGUUCACCGCCGCUUUCUGCCCUUUGAGGCUCUGAGCCGUUAUGCUGCUCAGUUUCGCAAGAGCUAUGACAGCCUAUACCCACCCCCCGUGGAGCCCCCCAAGCCUCCUGAUCGGUCUCUGGAGUCACCUGCUCCACAGAUAGGCCCAUCUUUCUUGGUCCCAGAGCCUGAAGCAGGGGGAACCCAUACCCCUGAGGAGCGAAGCCGGGCAGGAGGACACUGGCCCCCAGAGGAGGAAGAGAGCUCCAGAGGGAAUCUUCCUUCUCUAGUGCCUACAGGCCGAAGGUUCUCCAGAACCAAGUUCACAGAAUUCCAGACCCAGGCCCUGCAGUCUUUCUUUGAGACCAGUGCCUACCCCAAGGAUGGAGAGGUGGAACGGCUUGCAAGUCUCUUGGGUCUAGCUAGCCGUGUGGUGGUAGUGUGGUUCCAGAAUGCCCGCCAGAAAGCACGAAAAAAUGCCUGCGAGGGUGGGCCUGUGCCAACGGGAGGAGGUGCUGGGGGAGCCUCUGGCUGUAGACGCUGCCAUGCUACCUUCUCCUGUGUUUUUGAGUUGGUGCGGCACCUCAAGAAGUGUUAUGAUGACCAGACCCCUGAAGAGGAAGAAGAAGAAGCAGAGAGAGGGGAAGAAGAAGAAGAGGUGGAAGACGAAGAAGUAGAGGAAGAACAGAGCUUAGAACUCCCAGGACCUGAAGGCCCAUCACCAGAACCUCCAGAUGUGGAGGACCUGGGCCAAGCAGAAACAACAAAGCCAGGAGGCAAAGAGCCUGAAGGAAAGGCUCUACCCUCGCCUCCCCCAGCCCACACAUGUGACCAGUGUGCCAUUUCUUUCCCCAGCCAGGACCUCCUGACUAGUCACCGUGGACUUCAUUUCCUGUCAUCUGUACAGCCCACUGCUCCUCACCAACUCCUAGAUCUGCCCUUGCUGGUGUUUGGUGAGCGAAACUCUCUGGUGACAGGCACUCCACCAGUGCCAGGGCCACCCCUCAAACGGAAGCAUGAGGAUGGCAGCCUAUCCCCCACAGGCAGUGAAACAGGGGGUGGAGGGGAGGGUGAGCCCCCCCGUGACAAGCGCCUUCGCACUACUAUCCUGCCUGAGCAGCUGGAAAUCCUAUACCGUUGGUACAUGCAGGACUCCAACCCAACACGCAAGAUGCUUGACUGCAUCUCUGAGGAGGUGGGGCUCAAAAAGCGAGUAGUACAAGUCUGGUUCCAGAAUACCAGAGCCCGGGAGAGGAAAGGCCAAUUUCGAAGCACUCCUGGAAGUAUGGCCAGUCCCACAGUCAAACCCACUUCUACACCCACCCCUGCACCCUUCCCCAAGUUCAACCUCCUAUUGGGCAAAAUAGAUGAUGGGACUGGGAGGGAGAUCCCCAAGAGGGAAGCAGCUGCUUUUCCCUACCCUGCAGUCACCCCUGCUACUGGCUCUCUACCUUUCCUACCACCUGGGAAAGAGGCCACCACACCAACACCAGAGCCACCUCUACCUCUCCCACUGCCCAGUGAGGAUGAGGGCCCUGAGGAGCCACCUAAAGCUUCUCCAGAGUGUGAGGCUUGCAGUCCAUCUGCAGGAGACCUAAGUGAUUCAUCUGCUUCCAGCUUGGUUGAACCAGAGUCGCCAGGGGCUGGAGGGACAAAUGGGGGAGCAGGAGGUGGGACUGGGGUUCCAGAUGGAAUGGGGCAGAGGCGCUACAGGACCCAGAUGAGCAGCCUGCAACUGAAGAUCAUGAAAGCCUGCUAUGAAGCCUAUCGCACUCCCACCAUGCAAGAGUGCGAGGUGCUGGGGGAAGAAAUUGGACUGCCUAAGAGAGUCAUUCAGGUCUGGUUCCAGAAUGCUCGAGCCAAGGAAAAGAAGGCCAAACUGCAGGGAGCAGCCCUUGCAGGUAGUGGGGGCAGCAAUGAGGGCCCCUUGGCAGCCCAGCGCACUGACUGCCCCUACUGUGAUGUCAAGUAUGAUUUCUAUGUCUCCUGUCGAGGCCAUCUUUUUUCCCGCCAACAUCUGGCCAAGCUCAAGGAGGCAGUCCGUGCCCAGCUGAAGAGUGAAAGCAAAUGCUAUGACUUGGCUCCAGCACCAGAGGCACCACCGGCUCCCAAGGCUCCACCUGCCACACCUGCUUCUGUGUCUCUUGGAGCUGCACCAACCCUGCCUCGCCUGGCCCCAGUCCUUUUGUCUGGAACAGCUCUGGCGCAGCCACCACUCAGUGGCUUAGCUUCUUUCAAUUCAGGUCCUGCAGCCACCUCAGGCCUCCUUGGUCUUGCCACUUCAGUUCUGCCUACUACCACAGUGGUCCAGACUACUGGUCCAGGCUGCCCCUUACCUCAGAGACCUGUGCCUGAUGAAACCAACACCUCCACAGCAGGCACCACUGUCCCUGUCUCAGGCCCAGCUUCAGAGCCCUCGGGGGACAAGGUCUCUGGUGAGCGAAAGCCAAUUGUAGCCCCUACCAACUCCUCCACUGAUGCCCUCAAGAACCUCAAAGCAUUGAAGGCCACUGUCCCAGCCCUGUUGGGGGGCCAGUUCCUGCCCUUUCCAUUGCCUCCUGCAGGGGGAGCAGCACCACCAGCUGUCUUUGGCCCCCAGUUACAGGGGGCCUACUUCCAACAGCUCUAUGGCAUGAAGAAGGGGCUAUUUCCCAUGAACCCCGUGAUACCUCAGACCCUCAUUGGAUUGCUCCCCAAUUCCCUGCUCCAGCCACUGCCCCAGCCACUGGAACCCAUGGCCACAGCACCUCCAAAGCCUCCUGAACUGCCCCCACCAGGGGAGGGGGAAACUGGUGAGGCUGAUGAGCUGCUGACAGGCAGCACUGGCAUCUCCACUGUGGAUGUGACUCACCGCUACCUGUGCAGCCAGUGCAAGAUGGCAUUUGACGCAGAGGCUCCAGCUGCUGCCCACCAGAGAGCCUUCUGCUUCUUUGGGAGGGGAUCUGGGGGCUCCAUGCCCCCCCCAGUGCGGGUGCCCAUCUGCACCUACCACUGCCUGGCAUGUGAGGUGCUGCUGAGUGGGCGUGAAGCCCUGGCCUCCCACUUGCGCUCCUCGGCCCACAGGCGCAAAGCGGCCCCACCCCCAGGGGCCUCACCCAUCACUGUCACCAACGCCACCACUGCUGCCACGGCUGCUGUGGCUUUUGCCAAAGAGGAAGCAAGAUUACCUCACACGGACUCCAACCCAAAAACUACUACUACCUCUACACUUCUAGCUUUAUAAACAGAUAAACCAAGAUGGGGAGAGGGGAGGGCCUCAGGG